GCGGAAGUCGUGGGGGAGUCCGACCGGAAGACCGGGACGUCUCAGCUCGUGAGAAGCGAACCGUGUCUCGUUCAGUCAACAUUAUCGACGGGCUCGGAUUGUGCACUUGCUCUUCCACAUCCGGCGUGUCGGCGCAGAUGGACCCGAGCCCGGCGCCGCUGCUCGCCGCCCCUGAGCCGUGAAACGCCCACCGCCGGGACGGAGACGAGACGCGGUUUGGGGUUGUUCUUUUUUGAUCUGCGGAGCGGAAGAGCUGCUCCGCUUCGGCCGCAGCCGCCGAGCUGUCACAGCGGGAGGAUGAGCGACCACCGGAGUCUCAAACCGAGAGGACGAACGAGGAUCGUGCAGUGCAUCUACGUGGUGGGCUUCAUGGAUUUGUUCGGGGUGAGCAUGAUCAUCCCGCUGCUGAGCCACCAUGUGAAGGCUCUUGGAGCCGGUCCCACAGUGGCCGGUAUAGUAGUGUCUACAUACGGGAUCUUACAGUUCUUCUCAAGCACAAUAGUCGGCAGCUGGAGUGACGUGGUGGGACGGAGGUACUCUCUGCUCACCUGUCUGCUGCUGACCGCUCUGGGCUACGGCCUGCAGGGGAUGUCCACCAGCAUCGCUCUGUUUGUCCUCGCACGGAUACCUGUGGGGCUUUUCAAGCACUCCCUGUCCAUCUGCAGAGCCCUGCUGUCAGACCUGGUGUCUGAGUCAGAGCGCCCUCUGGUGAUGGGACACUUUAACGCAGCCUCCAGCGUCGGCUUCAUCCUGGGACCUGUGGUGGGGGGCUACCUCACCGAGCACGAAGGGGGCUUUUACACCUCCUCCUUUACGUGUGCGGCCAUCUUCCUCAUUAACGCAGGACUGGUAUCGAUGCUACCAUGGAGCGAGACAUUAGUUCAACGGAAUGACACUAACUCCAGCAACAACCCGAGUAAACGUUGUCACGACGACCACUGUAAUAAGUCUGUACUGAAUGGUUCCCAUGCAAAUAGACACCACGCACUUCUAGCAGGAGACACUCUACCAGGCUCCAAAGCUCCAGGGAGGCGCCAAGGUGGUCUCCGGUGGAGGGAGGUGUCUCUGCUCCAGCCUGCCUGGAGACAGCUGUCGUCGGUGGGCUCCAAGAUAAACACGGUGGCCUCCUCCGACAUGUGGGACCUGUUCCUCGUGCGUCUUUUGAUGGGCAUUGCGAUCAUGCUCUACUACAGUAACUUCUCGCUGGCCAUGGAGGAGCGCUUUUCACUCAGACCAAAGACGACGGGUUAUCUGAUCAGCUACAGCAGCACCCUGGGGGCCCUGGCUGGGUUCCUGGUGGGGCCGGUCACGCAGCUCUACAGGAAUAACAUGCCUGCUCUGCUGCUUCACUCCACGGUGCUCACAUGUUCACUUAUUUUCCUCUAUGCCGCUGCGCCCAGUGUCUGGCAGGUGCUCCUUUCCUCCACCUUCUUUGCCAUUUCCACCACCAUCGGACGGACAUGUAUCACAGACCUGGAGCUGCAGAGGGGAGGGGUCCAGGCCAGCGGGACUCUGAUUGGUGCCGGGCAGUCGGUCACAGCUGUGGGUCGCGUCGUGGCUCCCCUCCUUUCUGGUCUUGCUCAGGAGUUCAGCCCUUGUGGUCCCCCAAGUCUGGGAGUGGUCCUGGCUCUAGCAGCUGUAGGUCUGCUGCUCAUCAGGAUCCCCAAAUGGGACGAGAGGGGGAUGACAAAAACAGCCAAACACGGAAACUGAAUACCUUCAAAAUUAUGACAAGAACUCCACAUCCACCAGUCAGAGAAGUGCACUUAUUUGUGAGAGGCCAGUUGUGAAGGACUAAUAGUGGGAACCAUGUGACCCACUUCAGCAUGUCUCUUGACAAUGUGCCUUUUUGCUGACAGAUUUGUGGGUCAAAAUGACUCGUCGCCACCAGCAGUCCUUCUUUGGGAGAAGGGAUUCACAAAUUAAGAGCAGCACUUUUGUUCACGCCAAAAGGUCACAAGGAACAAUCAAUGUUUUGUAUGUUUGAGUCCAUGAUGUAUUGAAUUCUAUGAUAACGUAAAAUAAAUGCUGGCAGUGAACACGUUAA